CAACUUGCGCGGGCGUGGGAAGCAGAGGCAGAGGGACAUGACACCGCUGGACGACCGAACAAUACCCCUACCAAACUUUGGCACAUAUGAACACAGCCUCCCCAAACCAUGGCCGAAGUCGAGCUUGCUCCCAGCUUCGGCGCAGAGCUGCGAGAUGGAUUUAAGCCUGUGAAUGCCUGGGUCACCAGCGGCAUUGCAUGGCUAGAGGAAAUACAGCAGUUUUACCGAGAACGGAGCGCAAUAGAGAAGGAAUACGGCCAGAAGCUCAAUGCGCUGGCCAAGAAAUACUAUGAAAAGAAGGCGAAGAGGAGUAGUUCUCUCAGCGUCGGCGACACGCCCUCAGUGACGCCGGGAUCGCUGGAAAGUGCUUCCAUGACCACAUGGGGUGUACAGCUUACCACCUUGGAGGGCAGAGCCGCCGAGCACGAUCGCUUCUCGAAUCAGCUGAUAACAUCUCUGGCCGAGCCGCUCAAGCAAUUGGCCGGAAAAUAUGAAGAUCUCCGGAAGUCGCACGCCGACUACGCUGCUAAGCUAGAGAAAGAGCGCGACGGCAGUUAUGCCGACUUGAGGAAGACGAAGGCGAAGUAUGAUGGUGUCUGCCAGGAAGUCGAGAACAAGCGCAAGAAGACCGAGAGCAGUUUCGAUCAUGGCAAGCAGAAAUCUCAGAGUGCCUUUCAACAACAGCAGGCAGAGAUGCGCAACGUGAAGAACACAUACUUGAUUUCGAUCAAUGUUACCAACAAGCAGAAAGAGCGAUACUAUCAUGAUUACGUGCCUGAACUGCUAGAUUCACUCCAAGGGCUUUCUGAAGCACGAACUGCUGCGCUCAAUCAUCUAUGGUCGAAUGCAGCUUCGAUGGAGAAGCAAACCUUAGCUCGCUCAACACAGCUAGUGGACCACCUAUCAAACGAAAUACCAAGGAACAAUCCUGUUUUGGAUAGCAUGAUGUUUCUGCGGCAUAACGCUACGCCGUGGCAAGACCCGGCAGACUUUGUUUUCGAACCUGCACCAGUGUGGCUAGACGACGAUACCAUGGCAGUCGACCCCGCGAGCAAGACCUUCUUGAUGAAUAUCCUUACCAAGUCGAAGUCUUCGCUUGUGGAGCUGCGGCGUGAAUGUGACUCUAAGCGCAAGGAGGUAGAGGGCGCAAAACGUGUGCGGCAAUUGAUCAGAGAAGGAAAAGACAAGCGAGAUGAAGUGGAGGUCGUGCGAGCACAGUUCCAUCAUCAAGAAUUGCUGCACGAAGCAGACCGAAAACGAAUCACUGCUGAAGUCGAAGUCAGCACAAUCAUCUCUGCGGUAGGAGAUAUCUCUGUUGGUGCCAAGAGUCAUACAUUCAAGCAUCAAACAUACAAGAUACCUACCAGCUGCGAUCUUUGUGGCGACCGAUUAUGGGGAUUGAAUGCGAAGGGCCUCAGUUGCGAACUUUGCGGGUUCACGUGUCAUACGAAGUGCGAGCUGAAAGUUCCUGCCGACUGCCCGGGGGAACUGAACAAAGAACAGAAAAAGUCAAUCAAAGCAGAGCGGCAAGCAGCUGCACAGGCCGUUCAACCCAACCCACCACCUGUCAGCAACGGCAAUGGCAGCGCUGCACCUAGCUUGCAACGAAGCGAUACCAUAGGGUCGAUGAAUACACUCAGCUCCGGCUAUGCAGCGAGUGCUAAUCGCAGUGUGUCCGGCAUGACGGUUAGAUCCUCCACCGAAGACACUUCUGUGAGCUCAGCCGCGCCAGCUGCCAAGAUCAGUUCCGGGCCCACGAGGCGAGUGAUGGCCCCGCCACCUGCGCAUUACGUGACUAGCAAUGGAGCAGAUUGUGGAUCUUCCGAAGAGCAGAAAGGCAGAAUGCUUUACGCAUAUCAAGCCACCGGCCCUGAUGAAAUCAGCGUAUCGGAAGGUGAUGAAUUCACAGUCUUAGAAGCGGAUGACGGCUCGGGCUGGAUCAAAGUCAAGCCUGCUAAGUUCGGCGCAGUGGCUGGAAUCGUACCUUCAAGCUAUGCUGAGCUUCACGCUCCGGCGCCUCCAUCGAAAGACACUCGACCUGUCUCGGUCGCAGCUACAGCUUCUACAACAAGUCUCAGCGGCUCAGACACACCUGCGAAGAAGAAACAAGGACCAGCCGUCGCGCCGAGAAGGGGCGCGAAGAAGGUCAAACAUGUCGAGGCACUCUACACAUAUCAAGCUUCUGGCCCAGGAGAAAUCGAUAUGGAGGAAGGCGAGAGAAUGGUCCUCAUCGCUCCCGAUGGUGGCGAUGGAUGGUGUGAAGUCGAGUCGAAAGCUGGGAAAGGUGUUGUACCUGCCAGUUGGGUCAAAGACGUAUGAUGCAUGAGAAAAGAGAUAUGGGCCCGAAUUCGACAUUUGUGCAUAGCGCCGCGUAGUGGUAUGAAUGUGGAGGCGAUAUGAGGCAUUCUUAGGUAGUCGUAUACCUACCUAUUCAGACACCUGGGAAG